AUUUUUCUCCCCAGAAUUCUCUUGUCCCAUCACAUAUCACCAAGCUUCAAUAAUCAAAUUCCAUGGCUACGAAUGGUAAUAAUAAUCAUCAGCAUUAUGAUGAGCAAGAAGGAAAGCCUCUUCCAAAGUUUGGUGAAUGGGAUGUGAAUGAUCCGGCUUCUGCAGAAGGAUUCACUGUUAUAUUCAAUAAGGCCAGAGAUGAGAAGAAAACUGGUGGAGCUUCUGGAAGACACAAUUCUAGAAGAUUCGAUUCCAAAUCAAAGCGCAAACAGGAUCAACAAAAGACUGGCCUUAAAAAGUGGUUCUGCUUUGGACCUUAAGACAACCUUUGAAGGUUAUUGUAUCUAUAUAUAGGGAUAUGGUUUAUGAUGCUAUGCAUGCUAGCACCUUAUUAACUUCAUAUGAUUA